UGAGAGUCUGGUACGCGGGAAUUUACCAAUUCUGACUGAGCUGGACAACAGAGAAGGUCGGUGCCGAAUAUAAAAAUUGAAAAGAAAUGAAGGUGGUAACGUGUGAGAUAGCAUGGCACAACAAGGAGCCAGUGUACAGUCUGGACUUUCAGCACAGCUCAGAUGGACGCAUUCAUCGACUGGCCACAGCUGGAGUGGACACCACAGUCAGGCUGUGGCGGGUGGAUGCUGGUCCAGACGGGAAGGCGGUGGUAGAGUUUCUGUCUAAUCUGGCUAGACAUACAAAAGCUGUCAAUGUAGUGCGCUUUAGCCCCAAUGGAGAGCUGCUUGCUUCAGGAGGAGAUGAUGCGUUAAUUCUGCUGUGGAAGCUCAACGACUCCAAGGAGCCCGAGCAGGCCUCUGUGUUUCAGGAGGAUGAGGAUGCUCAGCUAAACAAGGAGAGCUGGACUGUGGUCAAAACGCUUAGAGGGCACAUAGAGGAUGUGUAUGACAUCUGCUGGACACGUGAUGGAAACUUCAUGGUGUCUGGAUCUGUUGAUAACACAGCUAUCAUGUGGGACAUCAAUAAAGGACAGAAGCUUUCUAUCUUGAAUGACCACAAGAGCUACGUGCAGGGGGUUACCUGGGAUCCCCAAGGACAAUAUAUUGCCACUCUCAGCUGUGAUAGGGUGAAGCAGUACAGGAUGUUCCACGAUGACAGCAUGAGGUCUUUCUUUCGCCGUCUCUCAUUCACACCAGACGGAUCAUUCCUGCUUGCUCCCGCUGGAUGCGUGGAGAUAGGAGAAAACAUCAUGAAUACCACCUACAUCUUUUCCAGGAAGGGUCUAAAGAGGCCUGUUGCUCACUUGCCGUGCCCAUCUAAGGCUACACUGGCUGUGCGCUGCUGCCCUGUCUACUUUGAACUGAGGACAAAAAAAGGAGAAGACGGUAUUGUCCAGGCUCUUCCCAACGUAUUCCAGCUGCCGUACCGUAUGGUGUUUGCCGUGGCCUCUGAGGAUUCAAUCCUGUUGUAUGACACGCAGCAGAAACUUCCAUUUGGCCUUGUGUCCAACAUCCACUACCACACACUCAGUGAUCUCACAUGGUCCCGUGAUGGUUCCUUCCUGGCUGUGUCCUCCACAGACGGUUACUGCUCCUUCCUGUCAUUCUCUCCUGGGGAGCUGGGCACUCCACUGAAAGAGCCACCCACCCUGGAGGUCUUUGUCCCAAGCAGUGGUGUUGAGAAAAAAGGCAAGAAGGCAUCAUUGGCCAAAGGCUCAUCUCCUAUAUCCCAGCCGUCACCCUCAGCCUCACCUGCCACAUCCCAAGCUAACCAGGGCAAAGACGCCCCCUCUCUAACCUCCCCUGAGGAGAAGAAGAGCACCCCUCGUGCCAACUCCAAACCUCAGCCCCGCAGGAUCACCCUCAACACCCUUGAGGGAUGGGGAAAGCCCACUACUCCUAAAGCCACGGCCUCUGCAGCACCUCAGUCCUCAAAAUCUGGGAGCACAAGCGCCCCUUCCACUCCCCAACCACGCGUAACCCCCCUCUCUCCAUCCACACCAAAAGUCCUCAACAGUGCCAAUACUCCUGGGCCCGCAACACCUAAGAGUGCUGCCACAUCAAAAGGGCCCACUCCGAGGAGAGUAUCUUUGACUCCCCUUGCACCGCGGUCUCCAGCUGUUGGCUCACUUCUCAGCCCUCUCUCCUCCACGGAAAAGGCCAAACACGAUCGUCCUUCUCCUCCCACUGAUCCUGUGUGCCAGCCUCCAGAAUCUAAACGACCCAAGACCACCCAAGAAAAGACCAGCGUCACCAAGGAGUAGAAUAAACUGAGAAAAGUGUGGUGCUGUAAAAUAAGACUAGAGUACAUAAAGCAGAAUGGAAGUUGAAGAUGCAUCACCAAAAGAGCACUGAGGCUCCACAUGAAUUCAGUGUUGUGUGCAAUAGCAUUGCCUUUGCGUCAUAUUGAUCUUAGCGACUGGAGCUUUACAUUUCACUUUAUGUACUCAGUUUAUGUCCUUUAGUCUUUUUUUAAAGGUGUUUUGUAUCAUACAAUAAACAAGUAAUGAGUUAAUUGUAUUAUAUUUGUGUUGUGUGAAAUUUAAAAGCUUGAGUCAAGUUGUUUCACUUCUCCAGAACAUGAUUGUGAAGAGAAAACUGUGUAGAAGACAAUAACAAGCACUUGAAGGGUUUUGACUUUGUGUGAGCUUUGAGUUUAUAUAGCAUGCUGAAGACUUUGGUUGAAUAGGGUGACUUCUGUUGUUAAGCAUUUGCAUUUUCUUAUUGUCUAAUAAAAGAUGUUUGAUAUAAA